GCGCGCCCACGGCCCCAGUCUCCCGCGCAGCGACGACGAGGAAGGAGGAGGUAGGAGGAUCUCCGUCUGGCUGCUCCGCCCAUGGGACAGGGCACGUGAUGCGUCCUUGUGCUUCAUAUCGCCAGAGGAGUGUCGGAGCGUGAUGCUGCUGGAGCAAUGCUGUGCGCAGAUUGCUAACGACGCUGCCUUGUUUUGACUCUGCCCUCACCGUACAGUUUUUCGCCGUGGAAAUCUAUUUUUUCUGGCUCGUUCUAUAGUUUUGUUUCGGGGUGAGGAAAGGUUGAGGUCGAAGGUGGUUAAGUGAUGCGAGGAACUCGGAGGCGCAUUGGUAGCCGAUGAUUACUGACAAUCCUUCAUUGAGAACACAAUCGCCACCAAGAGACAAGCAAGACACACACUAAGGACCUCUACAUUAGUGCACUCUAGUCGCAAGCGUAGGCUUACACGAUGCCCGCUCCGGUAAAUCCAGGUAGGAUUGAAAGGCUUGAAAUAGAAAAUUUCAAGUCUUAUAAGGGUCAUCAAAUCGUCGGCCCAUUCAAGAAUUUUACAGCCAUUAUCGGGCCAAAUGGAGCUGGAAAGUCCAACCUCAUGGAUGCCAUUAGUUUUGUCCUUGGAGUUCGCUCCAUGCAGCUACGAGGUGCGCAGCUUAAAGAUUUGCUGUACGCAUAUGACGAUAAAGACAGGGAACAAAAGGGGAGGAAAGCUUUUGUGAAGCUAGUUUUUAUUACAGGAAGUGGGGAGGAAAUGGAAUUUACAAGAACGAUCACGAGCAGUGGUUCCAGCGAAUACCGCAUCAAUAACAAAACUGUUGCAUGGGACGUCUACAACAGCACGAUGAAGACUCUUGGAAUCCUUGUGAAGGCCCGAAACUUUCUUGUUUUCCAGGGAGAUGUUGAAUCUAUCGCAUCCAAGAAUCCUAAGGAGUUGACAGCGCUCUUUGAGCAGAUUUCUGGCUCAGAAGAGUUGAAGAAGGACUAUGAAGAGUUGGAGGUCCAAAAGGCACGUGCAGAAGAGACAACAGUCUUUAUGUAUCAGAAAAGAAAGACUGUGGCUGCUGAGAGAAAGCAGAAGAAAGAACAAAAAGAGGAAGCUGAAAAGCACCUUCGACUCCAGGGGGAGCUGAAAGAGCUGAAGACUGAGUACUGCCUGUGGCAACUGUUCAACAUUGAGAAAGAUGUGGCGAGCACCUUGGCACAGCUUCAAAGGGAGAGAGCAACUCUGCAGGAGCUCUAUCAUGAGCAAGAACAGCUUGAAGCAGAAAUCAAAGCUAAGAAGAUGGAUCAGGCAGUGCUUAUUAAGGAAUCCCUUUUGCUCGACAAGAAAAGUUCUAAAAAGAAAAUGGAAUUAGAUAAGAAGAGCCCAGAGCUACUCAAGUUAAAAGAAGAGAUCACUCGGUUGUCACAAAAGAUCAGGAAUUGUGAAAAAGACUUGGAAAAGAAAAAAGAAGACAAGCGAAAGCAGGGGAGUCAAAUUGAAAAUCUGCAGCGUAGCCUACGGGAUGUUACGCAGGCCAUGAACGAGCUCAUCGCACAACAAGACCGAGAAGGUGGAGAGCGUUUGCAUCUUGCGGAGAGCCAAAUGUUAGAGUACCACCGAAUCAAGGAGGAAGCAGGCACAAGAACCGCGAAGCUGAGGCAAGAGAAGGAAGUCCAAGAUCGGCACCUUCAAGCUGAUGUAGAAGCUCUAAAAAAUCUCGAGGAGAACCUCCGGCAACUAACAGAACGAGAUCAGCAGCUUCAAUCUCAGGAGGAGCAAACGCUGUCUCGCUUGAGCAGGUGCAAUGAGGCAUUCACCAAACAUGAUGAGGAGCUUCGUGUGGCUCAGAAAGAACUUGCGGACAUGCAGGACAGACAUCGGAAGUCCAGGACUCGCUCUGAAAGCUUGAGAGCUAAAUUGGAUGAGAUUGACAAUCAACUUCGAGAGCUGAAGGCUGAUAAGAGAGAGAAUGAGAGAGACAAGAGGAUUGCAGAGGCCGUUGCUAGUCUGAAGCGCUUGUUUCCUGGUGUACAUGGGCGCAUGACGGAUCUUUGCAGGCCCACACAGAAAAAAUACAAUCUGGCUGUCACUGUGGCUAUGGGCAGGUACAUGGAUGCGGUUGUAGUUGAGGAUGACAGUACUGGAAAGGAGUGUAUCAAGUAUCUGAAGGAGCAUCGGUUACAACCACAAACUUUCAUUCCUUUGCAGUCAGUUAGAGUUAAGCCUGUCCAUGAAAAGCUGCGAGCCCUUGGUGGGUCGGCAAAGCUGGUGUACGAUGUGAUACAAUUUGAUCCGGCUUUAGAGAGAGCAGUUCUUUACGCAGUCGGAAAUACUUUGGUAUGCGAUCAGCUGGAUGAAGCUAAGAGACUUGCUUGGGGCAGUGAGCGGCACAAAGUUGUUACGCACGACGGUAUCCUUCUAGCGAAGUCGGGCACAAUGACUGGAGGUGUUAGUGGAGGCAUGGAAUCAAGAUCCCAGAAAUGGGAUAACCAAGCAGUCGAAGCGCUCAAGAGGAGUAAGGAACGCUUUGAGAAUGAGAUGGCAGAGCUUGGAUCAGCUAGGGAUCAGUCAGGGAGGGAGUCUGAAGCAGCUGGUAGGAUUAGUGGUCUGGAAAGAAAGAUUCACUAUGCCAGUAGUGAGAAGAAAUCUAUUGAAGAGAAGCUGACAAGGCUUGCGCAAGAGCGUGCCACUAACAGGGCUCAUAUAGAGGAACAAAGGCCUGAGAUAAUUCAGCUUCAGAAUGCUAUAGCCAACAAGAGCAGAGAGGUUGCCGAACUUGAAAAUCACAUCAACAACAUUAUCGAUCGAAUCUACAAAGAUUUCAGUGCGUCAGUAGGCGUUGCAAAUAUACGAGAAUAUGAAGAAAACCAGCUCCGUGCUGCCCAAGAGACUGCUGAGCGAAAAAUGAGUCUUACCAGUCAGAUUUCAAAACUCAGGAACCAGUUGGAGUACGAACAGAGGAAAGAUUACGAUGGACCAAUAAGGAAGAUGUCGGACACUUUGAAUGCUUUGCGAGAUGAGCUCGUGAAAGUUGAAAAUAGAGAAACGCAAGUCAAAGCAGAAAUGGAGGAGCUUUCUGAACAAAUUGAGAAAUUCAGAGAAGAUACAUUAGACCUCAGAAGUAGAGCAGACGCUAUUGAAGAGGAGAUUCAGGAUCUGAAAAAGCGAGGAAGCGACGAUACCACCAGUCUUGGAAAUGUUAAGCGGCAAUUGACAGCCAAGGAAACCCAUAUUGAGCAAUUGAAUGCGAGGAAACAAGAAAUCGUUGAGAGCUGUGAGCUUGAUCAGAUCAAGCUACCUACAAUUGGCAUUGAUUCUUCUGGACCUACUCAACAGACACCGACAAAUGUAACUUUUGAUUUUUCCAAGCUCAGCAGGAUACACCAACAGGACUUGAGACCGUCAGAGAAAGAAAGGAUGGAAUUAGAAUUUAAGGGUAAGUUGGAAACUCUAUCAAUGGAAAUUGUGAGAACAGCUCCAAACCUGAAGGCGUUAGAUCAAUACGAAAGUCUACGUGAGAAGGAGAGAUGGUUCAAUGAAGAAUUUGAUGCUGCACGAAGGGCUGGGAAGGAGGUUGCAGACAAAUACAACGCGGUGAAGCAACAGAGAUAUGAUAAGUUCAUGGAUGCGUUCAACCACAUCUCCGUAAACAUUAAUGCAAUAUACAAACAGCUGACUCAAAGCACCACUCAUCCAUUGGGUGGAACAGCGUACUUGAGUUUAGAGAGUGAGGAUGAGCCUUAUCUGCAUGGGAUUAAGUACACAGCCAUGCCUCCCACUAAGCGUUUUCGGGAUAUGGAACAACUUUCCGGAGGAGAGAAAACUGUGGCUGCCCUUGCCCUCCUCUUCGCUAUUCACAGCUUCCGGCCAUCCCCCUUCUUUGUUCUUGACGAGGUUGAUGCUGCUUUAGACAAUCUAAAUGUAGCCAAAGUUGCAGCCUACAUACGUGCCAAAUCACGUCCAGAGGUCAAGGACGGUGAUGGCGGGAAAGGAAUAGGCUUUCAAAGUGUGGUUAUUUCACUAAAAGACACAUUCUAUGAUAAAGCCGAUGCUUUAAUUGGUGUUUAUCGAGAUCAAAGUUGUUCCAAAACGCUGACGUUCGACUUAGGAAAAUACGGCGGUUUAUAAAAAGGAUGCAACUCUUGGUCCUUUCGCAUGCUUUGUAAAAUACCAUUGUGGUGUACUUUGGUUCUUGGUGUACAUGAUAAAAAAACUGUGAUUUGAAGUAGUGGGUAGCAUUAUUACCAGAUCUACCAUGGGGCCUAGGCUCAUAGGAGGAACGGAUUCUUGCCUUACACCGGUCUUGGGACCGAUUCUUACUUUUUUGUGUUCAAAGUGCUGCUCUGUAUGUGAAGACAUUUAAACCAUGUGCAAACUGGAAUGUAGGCAGCCCUUUUGGUGUACAAUCCUUCAUAAUGACUAUUAGUCUCUUUUCCUUUCCUCAA